GUGGCAACGCUAUUUACGAUAUCAAGCAGAAGAAGCAGAUAUUGACGUGUCACUUGGAAAAUUCGUUUAACUGCAAAGUGCCUCGCGCUGACUUUUUUGGAGACGUGGACGUUUAAGAAAAGCCGACAGCGGAGCACCUUUAAGAAGAAACACGACACAUACAUAUAUCACCACAUCAGCACAAACAUGUUGACCAAUUUUGAAUCAAAAUCGGCUCGUGUUAAGGGUCUGUCAUUCCACCCAAAACGACCAUGGAUCCUCACCAGCUUGCACAGCGGCGUUAUUCAACUAUGGGACUAUCGCAUGCAUACAUUGUUGGAGAAGUUCGAUGAGCAUGAUGGACCGGUGCGCAGCGUGGCAUUUCAUCAGCAGAUGCCGUUGUUCGUAUCUGGUGGUGACGAUUAUAAGAUCAAGGUGUGGAACUACAAACAACGUCGCUGCAUUUUCACAUUACUUGCUCAUUUGGAUUAUGUGCGUACAGUGGCAUUCCAUCAUGAAUACCCCUGGAUUUUGAGCGCUUCUGAUGAUCAGACCAUCCGAAUUUGGAAUUGGCAAUCACGGAAUUGCAUUUGUGUGCUGACUGGACACAAUCAUUACGUCAUGUGCGCGCAGUUUCAUCCCACGGAGGAUCAAAUCGUUUCUGCUUCGUUGGAUCAGACGGUUCGCGUUUGGGAUAUUUCUGGACUGCGCAAAAAGAAUGUCGCCCCAGGUCCUGGGGGCUUAGAGGAACACUUAAAAGGGCAUCCGGGAGCUACAGAGCUUUUUGGUCAAGCCGAUGCUGUGGUCAAGCAUGUGCUGGAGGGUCAUGAUCGUGGCGUAAAUUGGGCCAGUUUCCAUCCGACGCUGCCAUUGAUUGUUUCGGGAGCCGAUGAUCGUCUGGUCAAAUUGUGGCGCAUGAACGAGUACAAAGCUUGGGAGGUGGACACUUGCCGUGGUCAUUACAAUAAUGUAUCCUGUGUGUUGUUCCAUCCGCGCCAGGAUCUUAUUAUUUCGAACGGUGAGGAUCGCAGCAUUAGGGUUUGGGACAUAACCAAACGCCAUUGUCUGUACACAUUCCGACGUGACGGUGAACGAUUCUGGAUUCUGACCGCUCAUCCAACUCUUAAUUUGUUCGCUGCCGGACAUGAUGGAGGUAUGUUGGUCUUUAAGCUGGAACGCGAGCGUCCCGCCUAUGCCGUGCAUGGAAAUAUGCUGUACUAUGUAAAGGAUCGUUUCUUGCGAAAGCUGGACUUCACCACCACGAAGGAUACGGUGGUCAUGCAGCUGCGUCCCGGCAAGUCGCCUGUGUACAGCAUGUCUUAUAAUCCGGCCCUGAAUGCUGUUCUCAUUUGCGUACGCACCAACAAUUUGGAGAAUAGCACCUACGAUCUGUGCCAAAUCCCCAAGGAGAGUGAGAGCCAGAAUGAGUCGGACAGUAAACGUAGUUCAGGCAUCACGGCUAUCUGGGUAGCACGUAAUCGUUUCGCCGUAUUGGAUCGUAAUCAGCAAUUGGUGAUCAAAAACUUCAAGAACGAGGUGACUAAAAAGAUUCCCACGUUCUGUGAGGAAAUCUUUUAUGCUGGCACAGGCAUGCUCCUUAUACGUGAUCCGGAGUAUGUGACGCUUUAUGAAGUACAGCGAUUGGUUUCGGUAGGCAGCAUUAAAUUGGCUAAAUGCCGUUAUGUAGUCUGGUCGCCCGAUAUGUCAUUGGUAGCAUUGCUUUGCAAACAUUCCGUAACCAUUUGCGAUCGUCGCCUGCAGUAUUUGUGCACGGUGCAGGAGAAUUGUCGUGUCAAAUCGGGUGCGUGGGACGAGUCUGGUGUCUUCAUCUAUACCACAAGCAAUCACAUCAAGUACGCGAUUACCAAUGGCGAUCAUGGAAUCAUCCGCACUCUUGACUUACCCAUCUACUUAACACGUGUCAAGGGCAAUCAGGUGUUCUGUCUGGAUCGCGAAUGCCGAACACGAGUUCUCCACAUCGACCCGACAGAGUACAAGUUCAAGCUUGCACUAAUCCAACGCAAAUAUGACGAAGUCCUGCAUAUGGUGCGCAAUGCACGUCUUGUGGGGCAGAGCAUAAUUGCUUAUCUACAGCAGAAGGGAUAUCCAGAGGUAGCUCUGCACUUUGUCAAGGACGAAAAGACACGUUUUGGCCUGGCUCUGGAGUGUGGCAAUAUUGAGAUCGCUUUGGAGGCAGCCAAGGCACUGGAUGACAAGGAUUGUUGGGACCGUCUAGGUCAGGCGGCUUUGAUGCAGGGCAAUCAUCAGGUCGUGGAAAUGUGCUAUCAACGUACCAAGAAUUUUGACAAAUUAAGUUUCUUAUAUUUGAUUACUGGCAAUCUGGAAAAGCUAAAGAAAAUGAACAAAAUCGCGGAAAUACGCAAGGAUGUCUCAGCACAGUAUCAGGGAGCAUUGCUACUUGGAGAUGUGAAGGAGCGUACCAAUAUACUGAAGAACUGCGGGCAACUGUCGUUGGCUUAUUUGACGGCUGCUACACAUGGUCUGGAGGAGCUGACCGAGAGUCUAGGCGAUGCUCUUGCAGCACAGGGAACUAGUUUGCCGGAAGUGAAUCCAAAUGCUAUAUUGCUACAGCCGCCGGUGCCGAUACAGCAGCUAGAGACCAACUGGCCACUAUUGACAGUUUCGAAAGGCUUCUUUGAGGGCGCGAUGAUUACACGUGCCGGCACCAGCGCCACGGCCCGACAGGCCUUAAACAUAAAUGCUGAUGCUGCUGUCCUCGACGAUCACAAUGGUGGUGGCGAUGGCUGGGGUGCUGAUGCCGAUCUUGGUCUGGAUGAUGAUGGAGAUGAUGAAAUGCACGACGCACUCAGUACAGAUGAUCCACAGGCCGGCGCUGGUGGUGAGGAUGGUGCCGGUUGGGAUGUAGGUGACGAUGAUUUGAUCGUGCCCGAAGAGCUUGCAUCUAAGAUUAAAGCAUCUGCCCUCGACAGCAACUAUUAUGCAGCACCAAACAAGGGCCUUUCACCAGCACAGCAAUGGGCCAAUCAUUCGCCACUUGUGCUAGAUCACAUCAAGGCUGGUUCCUUUGAAAGUGCCUUCAGGCUGCUUAACGACCAACUCGGGGUAGUCAAUUUCAAACCAUUCAAGACACUGUUUUUGCAAAACUACACUUGCGCUCGUACUAGCUUUACAGCAAAUCCCAAUCUAAAAUCGCUAAGCGGCUAUCCUAUGCGCAAUUUUAGUGAAACAAAUCCAAAACUACAGCGCCCAGCAUUAGGCAUAAAGUUAAAUGAUUUGGUAUCGCGACUUCAGGGUGGCUAUCAACUAACCACUGCGGGCAAAUUUACCGAAGCUAUCGAGAAAUUCCAUUCAAUAUUGAUAAGCAUACCGCUGUUAGUUGUUGAGACAAAAUUGGAUGUGGCCGAGGCUCAGCAACUUUUGAAAAUCUGCGCAGAAUACAUUGUAGGCCUCAAGAUGGAAACGGAGCGCAAGGGUAUGCCCAAGUCAACGCUUGAGGAGCAGAAACGUCUCUGUGAGAUGGCUGCCUACUUUACACAUUGCAAAUUGCAGCCCGUCCACCAGAUCCUCACACUUCGAACAGCCCUCAAUAUGUUCUUUAAGCUGAAAAACUACAAGACAGCGGCGUCCUUUGCGCGUCGUCUCCUGGAGCUUGGACCACGACCGGAUGUUGCACAGCAGGUGCGCAAAAUUCUGCAGGCCUGCGAAGUCAAUCCAGUCGAUGAGCAUCAAUUACAAUACGAGGAGUUCAAUCCCUUCAACAUUUGCGGGAUAAGCUGGAAGCCUCUGUACCGCGGCAAACCUGAAAUAACCUGCCCCUUCUGUGCCUCUUCCUUCGAUCCACAGUACAAGGGUCGAUUGUGCACAGUGUGCGAGGUCAGUCAAAUUGGCAAAGAUAGCAUCGGUCUUCGCAUUUCAAAUCUCCAGUUCCGUUAAACGGAAUAAUUCGGUUUGCCGUUUGCUCGUGUUUUUCCCCGUCUAGUGCUAAGCUCAAACAUACUUAUACACAUUUAUACUAUAUAUACAUAUAUCUACAUUCAUGUACGCCGAAUGCAAAAUGUUAAUAAAAUUUAUAUUAAAAUUA